AUGAUUCGGUCUUUCCAGCAUCGACUGAUCUUCCUGUCAGUAAUACUCCUUCUAAAGACUUCUUAUGUCAGCGGUUUUGCCCUAUAUGAUCCAGCGCCAGCAACCACACAAAUUUUCCUGUUGAGAGAUAAUGAAGAGACUACAGAUGAAGGUUUAUCAGGUUUAUCAGGGAUUCUUGGACUUUUUGUAUUACUGUCGAUUGUUCCAUCGUUGUUAGGGUCUUCUUCACGUGCAGUUGCAGGUGGAGGUGGAGGUGCAGUUGCAGGUGGAGGUGGAGGUGGAGGUGCAGGAUGUCCAGCAGUAACGUGUCCAGUUGGUUAUUCGAAGCUUGAUGACAAACAAAUCAGUCCGAACUGUUACUUGUUUGGUGGAAAAAACGAUGCAAAGAGUUGGCAUUCUGCUGAUGCCGUAUGUACCAGUACUAAUGGAGCUCAUCUCUUAGUACCUGAUAGUCUAGCUGAGAUUGAAGCUCUCCGACGGAAAUUUGGCAUCGGUGACAACGAUGUGGAUGUUUGGACUGAUGCCAACGAUUUAAGGAGUUCCGGGAACUUUAUGUUUAAAGUAAACAACAAAAAGUUUGAUUUCAACGCUCUACCAUUUGGAGUAGAAAAUGAACCGGACAUGCGUGGUAGCUGUGUAGAAAUAGAACUUAACAGUGACGGUGUUUGGGGUUGGGACGCUGAUGCUUGUGCUGAUUUAGAAAGCUAUAUUUGCGAGUUACCAGUAGUAUGCAAUGCUGGUGGUUAGGAGCCUAUUUCGAUUCUUGUUUAGUCAGCUUGGAUGGAUUGUUUUCAGGCAAAGACGGAGGUGUGAAAUAAAU